AGUACCUCUUCGGUUUGGUAUUAUUGUCACGUUCAUAUUUUUUUUUGAGAGACGAUGGCACGAUACGAAAUGUGUACCGGACUCGAACAGGCGUGGUCCGAUAAUGUAAUCCGACGAUGCGAACGAUAUAAAGGCUGACACGCAAAAUGGUACUAUUAUUUUUGAUACCGCGAAGCAGAGAACUUUGCACCCUGUCCCAUGUGUGUGUUUUGAUUAAAAAGUAUCAUGGUUGUUGGCAAAGUGGCGUUCGUAACAGGUGCUGGAAGCGGCAUAGGUAGAGAGGUGUGUCGCGCGUUAGCGAGACAAGGAGCCAGAGUCAUCGGCGCGGAUAGGAAUUUGAAAAGUGCCGAAGAAACGAUUGCAUCUUUGAAUGGUCGCGAACAUUUAGCAUUACACGUGGACGUUUCGAACGAGCUGAGCGUGGACGAUGCGCUUAAAAGUGCUGUUGACAAAUACUCAACUCCGCCCACUGUCAUUGUUAAUUCCGCUGGAAUCACGAGGGAUCAGUUUAUUUUGAAACUUGCCAGUAAGGAUUUUGACGAAGUACUCCACGUGAAUUUAAAAGGGACGUUUAAUGUGAUCAAAGGAGCGGUGAGAGAGAUGAUUGACGCGGAUGUGAGCAGAGAUGGUUCCAUUGUUAAUUUAAGCUCCAUCAUUGGGAAAGUGGGAAACAUGGGUCAAGCUAAUUACGCCGCGUCGAAAGCUGGAGUGACAGCUCUUACGCGAACCGCUUCGUUGGAAUUUGGGCAAUUUGGAAUUCGCGUUAACGCGGUACUACCAGGUUUCAUAGAAACUCCGAUGACGGAGACUGUACCUGACAACGUAAAACAGAUGUUUAUAAAAAAAGUACCUCUUCGCAGAAUGGGUAAACCAGCGGAAGUGGCGGAAGUUAUUACGUUUCUAGCGUCUGGCAAAAGUUCUUAUAUCAACGGAGCGUCUAUCGAAGUUACAGGAGGGCUGCAUUGAAUUUACGCCUCCAAAUAUAUUUUUCUGAUUAAAUCGAGUUUAUUAUACAUCA